AUGUCAAACAGGUGGAACUCCGAAAAUUAUCUAUCUUCCACAAUUAGUGUCACGCUUUUUUAUGCGGCAGGACUCCUUCCCGACCCUGAUGUUCCUUAUACCGUAACAGAGACCCAAAGCCACAUGUGGGCGAUUAGUCUUAUAUUCGAAAUUGCGUUGCUCUAUAUUCAGACUCAAGCCCUUCCGAGACCAGUCUCUGUAAUUCCUGGAAUAGCAUCCUUCCAAGUUGCCCUUUCAGGGCUACGAAUAGUUGUCCUCUGCACUUUGGUCGGGUUAUACGUUCUUACAAGACCUAUAAAUGUCACAGGCUCAGCCGAGGAAAGAGAAAGUCUGUUUGAUGAGCAUGCACAGAAUAAUACGAUGUACGGUUCGUCUCCGAGCCAGGCGAAAGGAGCCACCCCGGUUAGAUCGGGCGAUGCGCAAACAACAACGUGGUUGGACUAUCUCUUGGGGUUUGGAAGGCUCUUCCCGUUUCUCUGGACUGACGCCCUGCUUUUGUAUGAGACCGUUCAUUAUAGUAGUGCCUUGCCAACAGAGAUAUCAAGGUUUGGGAAACUUAUAUCUUCCUUCCAGAAAGCGGAGUAUAAUGUUUUCUUCUCCUUGAAUCUACUUAACGCAGUGCAGAACGGUGUCUUUACAGUCGGAGUUGCGCUAGUCUGCUACCUUAACGCCUAUCAGAUUUCGAUGGACAUGCAGCCGGUAGCAAUGUUCGUCACAUUGCUGACUUAUAUGGCUCAGCUGCAAGCGCCAUUGAAUUUCUUUGGGAGCUUCUACACGCAGGUACAGAAUAAUCUCGUAGACGCAGAGCGAAUGCUAAAUCUUUUUAAAGAAGAGCCAACUGUAGUAGACCGCGAGGGUGCCGUAGAACUAAGAAGUUGCAAGGGAAAUAUCUCGUUCUCUGAUGUUUCUUUCUCAUAUAACAAUAAUCAUCGCGCCCUUCACAACAUUUCAUUUGAUGUCAUGUCUGGUACCUCUACGGCUAUUGUUGGAGAGAGUGGGAGUGGAAAAUCCACGAUACUCAAGCUUCUAUUUCGAUUUUACGAUGUGGAUAGCGGUGCGAUAAAGAUAGACGGCAUAGAUAUUCGUGAUAUGAAGUUGGAAAGCCUACGCGACUUCAUCGGCGUCGUACCGCAAGACACCAUUCUCUUCAAUGAUACUGUGAUGUUUAACCUCAUGUACGCAAAGCCUGAUUCUACAGAGUCGGAAGUCUACGAGGCAUGCAAAGCAGCAAGCAUCCACGAUAAAAUCAUACGCUUUCCACAAGGAUAUUUGACUAGCGUUGGGGAAAGGGGUUUGAAGCUCUCAGGGGGAGAAAAGCAAAGGAUUGCUAUUGCUCGCGCAUUCCUUCGUUCGCCUAGAAUCUUAUUAUUAGACGAGGCUACGGCGUCACUGGAUUCACAGACUGAGAAACAGAUCCAAUCGGCUUUAGCAAAGGUCUCGGAGGGUAGAACUACUCUUAUGAUAGCCCACCGGCUCUCGACGAUUGCCAAAGCAGAUCAAAUCAUUGUUUUACACCAAGGCGGCAUUGUUGAAAGGGGGAGGCACACGGACCUCUUGGCGAAAAGGGGUUAUUAUGCGCAGAUGUGGGAAAAGCAGAUGCAAGAGGAGGAAAACAAAGAGUAA